CAGACACACACAUACACACGCAGGCACACCGCUGUCUGCGUGAUUUACUGGUGGGUGCAGAGGCUUCAGACGUGGUGGUAUCGCACAGCAGCGCACAGAAGUGGGGAGCUUGCGCUCCGAGUGUUUUUCUGAUUGACGAUCUCAGUCUCAAGAAGUGCAGAUGAGCGCCGGCGACGGAGAGCCGCUGUUCUAGGGCUCUUUUCAUAAGGCUACUCUUUGCCAGGCGGACUGGGGUAGAGCAAUUCAUGCUUUAGCUUAGCUGCCGGAGCCCAUCAGUUAAUCACAAGGACGGACACUGAAAUGUAAUAGGCGAGAAGCUUUGCUACUAUUUUAUUAAGUACUAAGAGCACAAACCCUUAAAUCUAAUGUGAAGCAAACGAUGUGUGUGCUUGCGAGUACUUUUACGAAGUGGAUUUGACGAAGAGGAGGGGACGUUUGGUUUUUAUUUUGUUUUUCCAAAACCACAGAGAGGAAGACUUUAGCCUCAAAAUAACGUUUUCUGGGUUGACAUUUCAGAUAUCCUUUGCCUGUCGUUAGGGUGCGAGUUUUUUAGCAUAUAACGGGAACAUCCAAAAGCGUUAUGAUUUAAGGAAGUGUAUACAGGGAAAACUAUCGGACGUGGUAUAAUUCUGUAUCAUUAAACGAUGUAUGUAGUACAUGCCUCCCGAUCGCACGUAGUCUUAUAAAACCACCUCUGUAGUAGAAGUAGUUUUAGAUUCUCGGCGAACCUUCCCAAUCUAUUUUGAUGGAAUAAUACUGAAGAAAGAAAAGUAAAAACUGUCUCUCAUGUGUCUGUGACACACAAAAAAGGGCUUAAAGGUCUCCAAAGAAUGGUAAAUGAUCGAUGGAAAAUCAUGAACAGUGUUUCAGAACUCGACGAUGGACAGCAACAGAAAAACCAGAGGAUGAGCUGUAGCUACCUUCUGUGCACCAUCCUGCUGUUUGUGGCUGUUCUUCUGGCUGUAACUGUGACUGGCACCAUCCUCUUUAUGAACCACUACCAAGCUCCUCCUGUUUCCGAUGGCCCACCUCUCAUCAGCACCAAUCAGAACGAAGGGAACGCCCUGGUGACCGUCGAGCGGGGCGACGGCUCGCGCAUCAACAUCUUCAUAGACCCCAACUGCCCUGACUACAACAGCAACUUCCUGCGCCUGGAGGGUGUCCAAACGUCGCUGCUGCACUCGCUGACCGACCACGACUCCGACCUGAAGUCGGUGAAAGGCCAGGACCGCGCCCUGCUCGUCAACUUGGCCGAGGAGGUGGCCAGACUCUCGGCCCAUGCCAGUCAGUUGAAGAUGGAGUACGAGUCACUGCGGCGUGGUCAGGGAAACCUAGGACAGGAGCUCAACACCCUGCAGACAGAGCAGGGUCGACUCAUCCAGCUGUUGUCGGAGAGCCAGGUCAACAUGGUGAAAGUGGUGAACUCUGUGAGCGACGCCCUGAACUCCAUGCAGAAGGAGACGGGCAGCAUGAAGACACGGCUAAAAGCCGACCUGCAGCGCGCCCCGGUCCGCGGCGCCCGAACCAAAGGCUGCGCCAACGGCUCCAGGCCCCGGGACUGCAGUGACAUUUACGCCAGUGGGCAGAGAGAGGACGGCAUCUACUCGGUGUUUCCCACCCACUACCCCUCUGGCUUCCAGGUCUUCUGCGACAUGACCACCGAUGGAGGCGGCUGGACAGUGAUCCAGCGGAGGGAGGACGGCUCUGUGAACUUCUUUCGUGACUGGGAUGCGUACCGUGAAGGAUUUGGGAAAAUCACUGGGGAGCACUGGCUUGGUAUGAAACGGAUCCAUGCCUUGACCAUCCAGGCCAACUAUGAGCUACGCAUUGACCUGGAGGACUUUGAGAACAGCACAGCCUUUGCCCAGUACGGGACAUUUGGAGUCGGCUUGUUCUCAGUGGACCCAGAUGACGACGGCUACCCCCUGACUGUCGCUGACUAUUCCGGCACCGCAGGUGACUCGCUGCUGAAGCACAACGGGAUGAAGUUUACCACGAAGGACAAGGACAACGACCAUUCGGAGAAUAACUGUGCCUCCUUCUACCACGGGGCCUGGUGGUACCGGAACUGCCACACGUCCAACCUGAAUGGACAGUACCUGAAGGGCCAGCACACCUCCUACGCCGACGGCAUCGAGUGGUCCUCCUGGACCGGCUGGCAGUACUCGCUCAAGUUCGCCGAGAUGAAGAUCCGACCCACUAGAGAGGAGAACAAGUGAGGCGGAGGGGAGAUUUAAAAAAGAAAAAAAAACACAACCAUGAGGGAAAACACUGACAAGCAGGCUGUCUUUAUUAGAGACUUUGAUUGUUGAAUAAUGAGGACUUUUUGAUGAUUUAGUAGUCCUUCUGUUUCUCGUGGACCCUCGUUCACCCUUCUGACGCAUUCCUGCUCUUGCUAACUCAUCAUUGGGCAGUGUUUCGCUGAGUAGCUGAGUACUAGGUCAGCACUAUUGCCCUUACUGUAAUGAUUGUAUCUCUAAACACUGACAAAUAAUUUACUGCAUUGUUGCACUCAUCCCCAAUGUUAUUCCUUUCGAGUGGCUGUAGAGUUUAGCUAACAUAUGUGUAGUUGUGUGUUUUCAAAUUGGGCAACCGUGUUGGAUUUCUGCGCCUACCAGGGUCAGAGGUCAUAGGUUUUCUUAUUGAUUUGUUUGCACUUUUCUAUUAUUUGGAUACAUGCUUGUUGGUUGAUAUUGAUGUUGUGAUACUGCACCAGCUGGCCCACCAUAACUCUCCCAGACUGAACCACCUUUCAAAUGGGGCAGAUGAAAGUAACGGUCUGACCUUGCUUCACUGCAGUCUGCUGUGAGAACACACAUUUAACACAUUUCGCUGUGAUGGGAGAUCUUUCUCUGUAGGGUUUUACCACAAUCACACCUAAAAAGACACACCUGUUUAAUGGUAGGGACUGGAUAUUUAACACACCCGAUCCAGUUUUCUGAUAAGAACUAUUCUGGCACAAGCAACAUGGAUAAAAGCAAGGGAUAUCAAAGCAUCACAUUUAUCUGACAAAAUCCUUUAAUGAGCAUACUGGGUACUUGGUUAGUUUACUAGAGGCCGAAUGACACAGCAUCACCAGAGGUAGUAAUGUGGUGUUUCCACAUCUCUGAGGAUAGUCACCCUGUGCACUUGGGAUUUCAUUGCUUUUCUUUUCCUGUGUGUGACAAGAUAAUACCUGUCCAAAAAGAUACCUGUGUCAUGAAAAAGUAGAACUUGUUUAGAUGAUUUACAUGGAUGUUGCCCACACAUAUAAAAACAGCUGCUAAUCCCGGAUAUUCACUCAUUUUCCUUUUUUCCAUUGAUCCUGGAUGUAUCUCCUUUGGGGAGGAUGUGUUUGUGUUCUUCAGGAUGGCACACUGUUGACCAGGGAUGUGGUCCUUCAGACCAGCAAGGCCAAGUGCACAUCAUGAAGAUCUGGAAAGCAAAGAAUAAUACUCUCGUGACAUUUAAGAUAACUAUGACUAAUACUGCAGACUAACCAUGCUCUCAUUUGUGGCUCCGCCCUGCUGUUUAGCUCAUCCAUCCCCUUCACCUCCAGCAGUCUAUCUCUCCUGCCUUGGAGUCUUAGCUUUAUUAUUCAGAAUAUUACUCUGUGGUUGGUGGCUCAUGUCAAAGCAGAGACAGAUGUGCCUGCUCUUCUGCUACCCUGAUGGUUUGCUUUUCUCUUGACUGGGUCUCUUUCGUUUUCAUUGGAAGUAACAUAGGAUUUGUCCUGUUCCUAUUACUAAUUAUUUGGAGUUACAUGGAGCCCUUGGAGCACAGCAUUUGGGAUAUUAGGAGUAGCAAGUCAGCUAUUCAUUGUGCUUGGACCCCAGUUGCAAACUCUUGUUUCUUGUGGCAACAGGAGAGCAGAGCUUUCAAGCAUCUCACAACAGUGAGGACCCCAUACUCUGCAGUGAACACUGGUUUCGGGAAGGGGGUCACACUGCCUUGAGAUAUGGUGACAGCAGGGUGGAAAAGGCUACAUUUUCAAUUUGUUUUCAGUUUGCUGCUUCUAUGUUGUUUUCAGUCCCUCUAAAAUACACCAUCAACAUUGUAAUUCUGUUGUGGUUCUACUGUACUAGCAUGGAGAUUUUUGUUUUGAGCCUAUGAGACAUAUGAGGCGUAGCCUUAAAAAACGUUUGGAUUUGGCACUGAGUAUGUCUUCUUUACAAAAGUACUUAAAUCCGACACUGAUUCAUAGGGGCAACUUUCUAAUAUUCUAAUAUUUGUUGCUCUUUCUUCAUUUAAUUAUAAUCCCCUUACGCUUAUUUUACAGUUUCCUUGAAACACCGUCUGUAGUAAUACAGUUUGCUUGCAAAGAA